AUGAUAGAAGAUGAGUUUCUAAAUGAUUUUGAUCCAAUUAAAUUUCAAGAGUUAUAUCAAAAUACCACUAUUAACUUUGUUAAUAAAGCAGUUUCACCAAAUUUUUUGUAUUGUCAGAACUGUAAAAAGACAACUAGAUCUAAGAAAGUUGGGAAGUUUAUGUUAAUCUGUAAUAAACUAACUAAAAACAAGCAAAAGAAUAAUAACAAUCUCUUUAAGUGUAGAGAGUGUAACAAAUACUAUAAUAUUAAACUUUACAGACCAGUUAAAUCAACAAGCUCAUUUAAAGAUAAGAAGAUUUUGAUUUCUAAGAAAUUCUCUACAUUUAAAAAUGCAGCUGCUAAAUCUUGUAGUAAGUUAGCUUCGAGUGUUAAGAAGGGAAGUAUUAAGUUUGUUAAUAGAAUUUCAAAGAAUUUUAAUUAA